AUGGCAAAAACAAUCUCAGCGGCCUGGAAUCGUCUGAUCUCCUCCCCAGAACUCCAACGUUCCUCCCACACCGUCAGCGCCGUCGGCAACACUGUCUACGUCUUCGGCGGCGAACUCCAACCGCGCGAGCCACGCGACAACGACGUGCACAAAGUCACGCUGGGAGGGAACCCAUCCCUCUCCGUCUCCACCAUCCCAAACAACACCGAGACCUCGCCAUCACCAUCUCCGCGCGUCGGCACCGCCACGACGACCCUCCAUGACAAAAUCUACCUCUUCUCCGGCCGCGGCGGGCCCAGCAUGGCCGCGAUCGAGGAAUCCGGCGCACUCUGGACUCUAGACACCACCGCCUCCUCAUGGAGUCUUCUCCAACCUUCAUCACCCUCAUCACCAUCAGAAGAAGGAUAUCCUUCCGCCCGGAGCUACCACACCCUCACCAGCGACCCGACCGCCUCCACGAUCUACCUGCACGCCGGCUGUCCCGCGAGCGGCCGCCUCGGCGACCUCUGGUCGUUCAGCCUGGCCGACAAGUCCUGGAAGAAGCUCCGCGAUGCACCGGGCCCCAGUCGCGGCGGGACAUCGAUCGCAUAUACCUCCUGCAAGAUCUACCGGAUGAACGGCUUCGACGGGAAAGAGGAGAUCGGCGGGUCUCUGGACGUCUACGACAUCGCGAGCGAUACGUGGGAGACGAGGGAGUUCGUCGCGGACGGGACGCGGGGGCCCGGGGCGAGGAGCGUGGCGGGCCUGGUGGGCGUGGAGGUCCCGGGUAAGGGGAGCUGUUUGGUCACGCUGUUCGGCGAGAGCGAUCCUAGCGCCGAGGGCCAUCUGGGGGCGGGCAAGAUGUUGGAGGAUGUCUGGGUCUAUGGGAUCGAGGAUGGGGAGUGGGCGAAGGUGGAGGCGAAGGAGAAGCCCAGAGGGAGAGGGUGGUUUGAUGCUGAGGUCGUGAAGGUUGAUGGGAGGGAUGCGGUGGUGGUGGUGGGCGGGUUGGGAGAGGGCAAUGAGAGGUUGGAUGAUCUGUGGGUUUUGACGUUUUGA